GGAUUUUUGAACCGACCCAGUCCGGCAGAGAUUUUGAAUCGGAGGCGGUAUUAAUUUACAUCUCUAACCACAUCUGAAUCUUUAUAUUUCGAAUCUUUCUGCGAAAGAUCUUGAGUGAAAUACAGCGUGAAAUGGCGACGGAAAAGGAUUUAGUAAAUGCUGUAAGGGAAUCGCUAAAGGCUGAUGGAGAUCUUGAUCGUAUAAAAGCAGAGAUGCGUACAGAAGUGAUAAAGCUGCUAGAUUGUUCCAGUAAAGAGAAUAAAUCAAAAAUUGUUAAGCCUACUCAUGAUAUUAUAUUCCUCAAUGAACUUGUUAGAGAGUAUUUGGAUUGGAUGGGCUACAAAUAUAGCUCCACUGUGUUUAUCGCAGAAUGUGAUCUGCCAAAGCAUUCCUUGGAUCGUACACUUCUUGCACAGGGUCUAGGAGUAAAAGACAAUGAGAAAAGCAGGAACUUACCACUGUUGUGUGGUCUUGUGCAAACAUUUACUAAUUUGAAAAAUACCUAAUUAUAAAUUCCACACAUGUAAAUUAUUCAAUAUCCAAUCGCGAUUUUUAAUGCUA